CAAACAGUGAAACCGGUAUCAAAAUAUUUGGUCUUAUCUAUGGUCGGUGCCUAUUGUUUUUUUCUAUUUCCGCGUAUUAAAUUUUUAUCUACAAGUCCCGAAGUCCCCCCAAAUCUAUCCACCUGAUCAGUUUCCAAUUGAACAUUCGAACAUAUUGAAUAGCAAACAUGAAAAUCCAAUGUUUGCUGUUUUCCUUUGCGAGCUUAGCUUUUGCCAAGCAAUUUGAAGAAGAAUCCUGUGUAAAAUAUGCCGGAGGCACAGUGUAUCCUCAUACAGAUACCAUAAAGGAGGCACAACAUAAUUUGCAGUUCACUAAAGCAGUCAUUUCCAAGCCAGCACCGUUUUGGGUAAGCACAGCUGUAGUAAACGGAGAAUUUGUAGAACUGAAAUCUACAGACUUCCUCGGAAAAUAUUUAGUGUUCUUUUUCUAUCCUCUUGACUUUACCUUCGUUUGUCCCACUGAAAUCUUAGCAUUCAGUGACAGGAUUGAAGAAUUCAAAAAGAUCAACACUGAAGUUGUAGCUUGUUCUGUUGACUCACAUUUUACCCAUUUAGCUUGGAUAAAUACACCAAGAAAAGAAGGUGGUUUGGGUAAAGUUAACAUACCGUUACUAUCAGAUUUGAGUCACAGCAUUUCAAAAGAUUAUGGUGUUUAUUUGGAAGAGGCUGGUCAUUCUUUAAGAGGUCUUUUCAUCAUUGAUCCAAAGGGCACUGUGAGGCAAAUAACCAUGAACGAUCUUCCUGUUGGAAGGAGUGUAGACGAAACUUUAAGGCUAGUGCAAGCUUUCCAAUACACAGAUGAACAUGGGGAAGUAUGCCCAGCUGGUUGGAAACCUGGUCAAGAUACUAUUAUUCCUGAUCCAGUUGAAAAGCAAAAGUACUUCCAGAAGCAAAAAAAUUAAUGCUGGUUUCAACCAAAUUUAGAGCUUUCUACAACCAUCACAAUAUUUUUACUAAUAAUUUUACUCUUGAUUUUGCUGAAAACUAUUCUACCAGUGACUGAUUUUUAUG